UCUCCUCCUAUGUUCGGUAUCAUCGUCGAUGUCAACAUGCGCGAGCACGCCAUGCAAGAACUGUCACCUGAGUUCUAUGUCAAUCCUGCGGACGUCAUGGCCGGGUUCCUUAGAUCAGCCAAUCCCAGCCCCGAGCUCACGCCCAAGCUGGACGAUGAGGACUGUGACAUGGCGACACUGCUCCGCUCUGAACAAAUGUCACCUGUUCCCGACUACGCUGCGGACUUUCCCGACGACGCUGUUAUCCACCAGGACUUUCCAGACGAGGCUAUAUCAGCUAUUGUCUCCGUAUUGAAGUCUGCUACGACGUCUGCAACUGCUCAAGGGACAUGCGCUGCCUCUCCGUCUGCUACAAUCUCUCUGCCCUCGCAAGCGUUCACUCAGUCUAGCGAGGUCGUCGCACCUCGACCUGUAUAUGCGCUUCCCCUAGGGGAACUUCGCGUCCCUCAGCAGUACACAGCCCCAACUUACGUCCCCUACCCACCCGCAGCGUUCCCCGGUGCGCCCACGUAUGCCUUCCCCUCAGCGCCGGUUCCCCAGCAAGGGCACGCUCAGUCCCAGUUCAUGGACGUUCCGCAACCCGUGCUCAACGCGCACGUCGGCAUCACCCUAGAGGAGCUCAGGCAGCGCGCAACGGAGUACAGAGCGCGCCACCCGAGCGCGGAGCUCGACAAGGCCUUCCUGCAGUCCUUUGCCGGCCGGCUUAGCUCGCGCGGCGAGCUGCUCGACGACUACCGGUGCUAUGUCGUCGGGUGCGGGCAGCGCAACAAGCGGCGAGACCACAUCCUCGUGCACGUCGGCUCGCACGUCGAGCAUCGGCCGUGGGCGUGCCAGCACUGCGGGAUGAAGUUCUUGCGGAAGAACGAGUGCAAGCGGCACGAGUCGAGCCACGAGGGCCGCAAGCCGUACUCGUGCGAGAUCUGCGCCCCGUUCCAGGAGAGGAGCUUCGUGCGGCAGGACCUCCUCAAGCGGCACCUGCGUGUGUCGCACGGCGUGCAUGGUACCGCCAGAAAGAAGUCGGCCAACAAGGGGGAGGAUCAGGACUACUGGCCGUGA